CCCUUCGAUUUAGUUGUGAUGAGAGAUUUUUAAUAAAGUGGAAAAUCAAUUACUACUCAAUAAACAAAAGCCGCAAGACCCAUCAAAAUGUAACAAGAAAAAAAGCAAAGCACAAAAAAAAAUAAAUAUUGCACGUCACUAAUAUCAACCACUUCGAAACAUAUCAAAUCGACAUAAUCACUGAAGCGGAACCGAAAAAUAGCACCACCAAUGCACGCAUAACCAAAUCAGAGGCGUGCCCAGAAGCAAAUACUUGGAAACACAAAAAACAAAACUAAACAAAAAUUGGUGAAAUUGGGUGGGGGCCCUAAAUUAUUUGGUUAAUAUUACUCUUUCGCUUCGUAUCGACGCACAGCUGUUAAAAUGUUCAUAAUUACGGUCGUUAGGUUGCUACUAAUUGCGCUGAACCUCUUCCCCAGCCGCUAUACAAAUCGGAAAGUGAUGUUCCUCAUCUAUCUAACAAAUCUGGUGACACAUGUGAUGAUGGAUGAACCACGAUUCGCGCAGCCGAUACCAAAUGUAACAGUUGCUGUUGGCCGAGACGCCAAUUUGCCAUGUGUAGUAGAACAUUUGGGUGGAUACAAGGUUGCCUGGAUUCACAUCGACCGUCAAAUGAUACUCACCAUUCAUAGGCACGUCAUCUCGCGUAUACCGCGCUACAGCAUCACCUAUGACAAUAGCAAUACGUGGUUGUUGCAUGUGAAUCAAGCGCAUCAGGAUGACCGUGGCUAUUAUAUGUGCCAAGUAAAUACGAAUCCAAUGAUUAGCCAAGUUGGCUAUUUGCAGGUUGUGGUACCACCGAAUAUACUCGAUAUUGAGAGUACACCCUCCUCAGUGGCUGUGCGUGAAAAUCAAAAUAUUAAUAUGACUUGUCGUGCCGAUGGCUUUCCAACACCGAAAAUCAUUUGGCGACGCGAAGAUGGCGAAGAAAUCGCCGUCGAAAAGAAGAAGAAAGUUUUAGUUUACGAUGGCGAAGUGUUGCCAUUAACGAAAGUGAGCCGCAAUGAGAUGGGUGCUUACCUCUGUAUUGCCACUAAUGGCGUACCGCCGUCAGUGUCGAAAAGAAUUAUACUGGAUGUUGAAUUUUCGCCCAUGAUUUGGGUACCCAAUCAACUUGUCGGUGCGCCAGCUCGAACAGAUGUCACAAUUGACUGCCACACGGAAGCACAUCCCAAAGCCAUCAUCUAUUGGGUAUAUAAUUCGGUUAUGGUGUUGCCAAGCAAAAAAUAUAAAACGGAUUACACAGAAAAUUCAUAUCGAGCUCACAUGAAACUGACAAUAAGAAAUUUACAAUACGGUGACUUUGGCAACUAUCGCUGCAUAUCUAAAAAUUCGCUCGGCGAAACGGAAGGCUCCAUACGUGUCUACGAGAUUCCUUUACCAUCGACACCCUCAAAGCAAGUCACACAUACCACCAUCGAAACAAGAGAAAAUAAUAUCGUAUCUACCCGCAAUGAUUCAACGAAUGCUUUGCAAAAAGAUGUUAUUUCAAUGAAAGCUGAUCUGCUGGGUGGUGGCGUAUCGUCAGCUUCACCCUCAGCUACUGCUUCCAUUUCUGCGGGUAAUGGAAAUGGCAUGUCGGCGCUAGGAGGGGCUGCCGGUGUAAAUGCAGUUGAUCGAAAAGGCACGCUGGCAAUCGGUAAAAGUAUGUUUUACACUGAACAUCCACCGAAUGAGUUGGAGGGCUCUGCAGCUGGCAUAUUAUAUAAAUCUCCUAGCAUUUUCUACAUAUUUAGAUUUGCGCUAAUAUUUCUAUUACUUAGAAAUCAAUUAUAAAAUCAUUAGAAGUAAUGCAGAGAUAAAAAAGUAAAAAAUUAUAAAUAUAAUUAAA